GAAGAUGGAGCAAGAGCAGACCAAGUGCGAGAAGCGCUUGGAGAAGCUCAUGGAGGAAGAGUGCGCUGUCGAUGAAGCGAUUCGCAAGUUCCAAGACAAGAAGGGAGAGCUUCAAGCCAGCAUUCAAAAUGAGAAGAAGAAGAUCGAGGAGGCCAAGAGGAGAGCUGCAGCUGUCCAGGCUUCUACGGCGGAGUCUUCGGCGUCGGCACCAUCGAUGGAGAGUUUCAUUUCGCAUCUCAGUACGUUCGAAGGGACAUUGUCUGGGGUCAAACAUGAAGGUGUACGCGCAAAUCUACAGGCACGGUACAAGGAGUUUCUGGAUGGUCUCCGCGAUGCCAUGCCUGCACCAGAGCCCGAGGUGGCCUCUACGGGCGCAGACAAGAGCUCGGUCAUGGAGGUCGAUGAGGCUGAUGUCAUGGAAGCUGUGCAGGUUGAAGGUAUUUCGGAUUCGCAGAAGAGGGAUAUCCUGGAAGCCAUUCGUUCGGCGAGCAAGAG